AGCAGCACUUCUGGAUCUCUGUCUAUUGUCAGGGAAGAUAUCCUUUUCUUGCUUGUGGCUGGGGCUGUCUUUGGGGGUUUUCCUCAGGGCUUUACACUCACUCACUCUCCAAGGGUGUAUAUUCUCAUCAGUGGAAAUGCCCACCUGCCAGCAAAAGUUAUCUGGAACCAGCGAGAACAUUGCUUCUGUCUGUGGUGGUGUUUCUUGCUAGUCAGUUCCCCUUUCUCUACUUGAGCUCUAGCCUCUGCAGUGCUGACAUUUUUGUUUCUCUGCAAGCCACACUAAGAGGCAUGGGGAGAUCACAAAGGCUCCUCCUAACUGGUUACUGAUACCUUGCUUCUGUCUUCCUUGGGAAUGCCACUGGGUUUAUGUACCUGGCGUCUGGGAGCUGUACUGGAGGGGAAUUUAUGACAGCUGCUCAAACAUUACAAGCCAAACUUGAGUCCCACACCAUGCAAGCAUUAUGAAACUCAUUGUGAUGGUCAUCCUGCUCUAUGCAAGGAGAGUGAAUGCUGCGGUGAAGACUCAGGCCUAUUUUAAUGAGACCGGAGAGCUGCCAUGCCAGUUUAAAAAUCCUCAAAACAGAAGCCUGAAUGAGAUGAUACUAUUUUUGCAGGACCAAAAAAAUCAGGUUCUCUUUGAGCUAUAUAAUGGCAUUGAGAAAACUAGCAAUGUUCAUGACAGUUAUAAAGGUCGCACAAGUUUUGACCAGAAUACUUGGACCCUACAGCUCCACAAUGUUCAAAUCAAGGACAGAGGCACCUAUUACUGUUUUAUCCAUCAUAAAAGGUCCACAGGAUUGAUGCUCAUUCACCAGAUGAUUUCUGAGCUGUCAGUGAUUGCUAACUACAGUCAACCUGAGAUAAAGCCUCUUUCCAAUAUAACAGAAAAUCCUGACAUCAUAAAUUUGACCUGCUCGUCUAUACAUGGCUACCCAGACCCUGUUGAUAUGUGGUUUUUGAUAAAAACAGAGAACUCAACUAAUGUGCCUGAAACUUCUAUGGUGAAAUCUCAAAAUAACAUCACAGGAUUGUAUGAUGUCUCUAUCAGCUUGUCUUUUCCAGUACCUCAUGGAGCAAGCAGUAUAAAUAUCUCCUGUAUCCUGCAACCUGAACCAACAGUUGCCCAACUUCACUCCCCACCUCUCAUCAUAGAUAUAGAGCUACCUGAGACAGUCCUUCCUGAUGCAGAAAACAUCCUCUGGAAAGUUGCUGUGCCUGCAAUUUUGGUCACCAUGUGUGUGAUGGUGCUCUUUCUGAGGAAAAGGAAGAAAAAGCAAUCUGGCCUUUCUGAAACCAUUCAAGUGGAUGGAGGAGAGAGAGAGAAUAACGGUUCCCAAAAAGAUGUGCAAAUACCUGACAUACCCACUGAAGCCCAACAUAUUAUUAAUAUUCUGAAGAUAGCUGAAAGCCACAAAAAUGCUACACAUUCUUAAUUAAAGAGUAAAGUCCACGUGGAUAUUUUUUUUGUACAUUUUCCUUUUCAAAUUUUUCAAAAUUUCCUUUUCUUAUGUCUCUAAACCUUCCCAGGAAAAACAUUCCCACUAAUAGUAAUAAGAAUUCUAUUAUUCCUCCUAUGUGAAAUAGACUACCUAUAAUCCCAGCUUUGUUCCCUAAGCCACAAAACAAACUGACUUCUUUUUCAUUUUAAAGCACACCUGUGGAUCAUUACCACCUGGCUGUUUUUGGUUCAAGACUAAUGUUUGAGGAGUAACAAAUAGGUUUUAUAAAUUGUUAUUUAUGCAGUACUCCAAAAAUCAUGGACUAUGUAUUUAGAGUAAUACUUUAUACAUUAUUCUAAAUUUUAAGGUUGUGCUUCAGUCUAUCAUAUGUAUCUGUUAACGAAAAACUGCCUAUUUAGUGUGGGUGGGAAUUAUAUAUUUAUGUAACUGAUUUUAUAGUGUUACACUGGCCUUUUAGUGUUGUACAGUAUAUUUUAUACUAACUUUGCUGUGUUAAUAAUUUACUCCCUCUACUAAGGAUUCCUUGUUGUUCAGUGAGGGUCUGUAAGGAAAGUGGUAGUCUUAUAUGCUAGUAACAAUUAUCAAACCAGCUCAAAAUCUGAGAAAUUAGGAGAAACAAAGACAGGCCCUAGAGCCAUUUCUAUGUAGGCUGUUGCUAGUUUUGAAGAAAAUCAGCUACCCAGUAAUGUUAUAACUAUGCCUUAAUAGAGAGCUCUGGAUAAAGCAUUAGAGCACUGUGUAUCAUGUAGCCUUUUAAAAAGACUGUGAUGAAAGCAUAGAGUCAACUAGGCAAAAGCCAACACAUACUCCAGAGAGGAAUAAAAGAAAUCUCUUGACCAACAGAGAUGUACAUGAGUAUCCAGUCUGUUCAAUCCCUUGUUAUGUCUUGGAUAAGCAAUAUUCUGUUCAAAGGGACUUAUGACAAAGAACAGUUUCCCUAGUUGAGCAGUUUUGAUGAUACCUAAAUUGAGAUGUUUCAUCUAACUGGAAGCAGAGUUGAGAAGGCAGAGCUGUCAUUUUAGUAGUGAAAUAAAUAGAAAAGGCCAACAGUCUCUUUCAGAUAAUAAAAUGGAAUUUGGAGAGCACAGAUGUAAAUCACUAGUGGCUUUUAUAACCCACAGAUGUAAGAAGAUUUUUGCUGUAUCAAAGGAAGACUAGCAGGCCUGUAUCUAAGGACUUUAUGUUUCAGUGUUAACACUGGGGGAAAUGAGCACAGGGAAGGGAAUAACUAAGUAGAUGUAAGUUAAGCGAGCCUAACUGUAAGGCAAUAUCUCUAAGGAAUAGAGCAACAGUAGUCCAAACUGAAAGAGCACAUUGAAAGGUCUGAGCUACAGAAAAAGUUCUUGUACUAUAUAAAUAAUCCUUGUGGUUUAUAGAUCUGGUAAGAGAGAAGGGAAAUUUGGACUUAUGGAAAUGAUACCUGCUUUUGAGUUUGUAACUUUUUAUAUUGUGUCAUUUUUAAUCAAAUGACUAUAUGUAAAUCAAACAAAAGCUUAAUUAAAAUAUUAUUUGAAAGUAA